CGAAUUACUUGUACUCAUCUCGACUUGCCUGUACUUUGUAUUCCAUCGCACCCUUGGCCCACACGCCAUUUUGUUUCAGUUGUUCAGGGCCAGCCACAAUCGCGAGAGAUCCACGGCUCCAUGGUUCGCUUUGAACUGGCAAUCUCGCACAUUUGGCGUCUCGACGAGACCGUACUCCGUGGCCCAAAUGCACCCUUUUGGCCCGCUUGGCACUACCUUCGCGACAACGGACCUGAUGACCUGGCAACCGAAGAGGCUGGCUCGGACGACGGGCUCCCAGACGAUCAUCUGCCUGUCGCCAGCCCCGGUGUCAAUGGCAUCGGCAGUGACAUCGGCAGUGGAAAUGGCGGCCAGUCGAGCGGCGGGGUAGAUCGAGCCAUGGUGACUCCACACAGCUUGGUCGUCUGGGUUCGCUACCACGACCUGCGUUGUGGAUGUCCCGACCUCCAACUGGGCGUCUCCUACCUUCUCGUCAUGGACCUCAAGUCCUUCAACCCGCAGAUGAUGAACAGUCCCGUCUCUGCCAAAACAAUCGCCUCCUCUCGAGGUCUCGGAUUGACACGAGAACUGUUGCUUGACUCAAAGUCGAGCGUGUUGCCAUGGCGACCGGGCUGGCGACGACGACUGGCCCGAUUGCAGCGUCGGGAACAGCGCGGCGACUGCGACCGAUUCCGCGACCAGACGGCUCGAUUGCGUCGAGUCUACCGGCCUUCGCUGGCCGGGCCCGGCAAAUCGGCGGUCUCGAGCCUGCACCCCGUCCGGCAGCCGGUCCCCGGGGCCACCGACUACUCCGUUUUCUACCCCCCGAACCGGGAGGCUGCGCCGCUUGCCCUGCGCAGCCCCGCCUUGGCCGGACUCGCCGAGUCCGACAACGAACGCCGCUCUGCUGGCCCGUCUGACAAGAAGACUCAGCCUCGAGACCGGCCCAGACAGGCCGUCAUCUUCCCGGCCUAUCGGUACCUUUCAGAGCCCUACUCGCCGGCAGUCAACGAGCCCAGUCUUCGCCGUCGCCUCAGUCCUGUCUACCUGCCGCCGCCGGUUGACUACUCGUCCUCGCGGCGUCUGCCCACUCAGCCCUGA